CAGGUUUCCGUUGAAACUUUUCGGUCCAUGUCCGUCCAGGGCCAAAAGCCCCACAGGUGUCGUCAUGAAUCUCCACAGAGCUGGUGCCCCAUGGUUUUUGGUGUAGACUGCUGCCAUGUCCAUGCAUCAGCGUCGGCUCAUUGCUAUGAGCAAACUCAUUCGUGAGUUUCCAUUGCACUCUAGUGUUGCACACCGACAGCACACGAGUGCAAGGCCGUUGUUUUUGUCUCGCCUCGCUUUAGAGACCUUGUCGAUACCAGUGGUCCAGUAUGGUCCAGUGGUCCUGCAAUCUCAGAGACGCAGACGGUGUGCCGUAUGUAUUCAGAUCAAUUCAGAUAAAUAUUUACCUUAUUUAACCUUCACGAGGCACAGUAAUUCAAACUGAUUGUGGAACUGGAGCAGUUGAUGCUGAAACCUGAAUACUGUAUAUCGUUUGCGGACCACGUUGGACUGCAGCAAAACGAGGUGCCACAAAUACCAGAAAGCCUGACCCAGCCAAAAAUUAUCAAACAUAUAUAUAAUAACAUCGCGGCAAACAAAGUCAAGGUCCAGAAGGCCUUUGAACCGGCCAGGAGGCAUUGGUGAGGGAUGAUUUUGCUAAACCAAGAUUUCGGGGGGCGCAUUCUGCGGAACAAAGGACCGCCGCCCAGGUGUGUUCACCAGACAUCGACGGUGGAACAACCCAAUGUGCCGUCCAAUGGAGAUGUGUCAAUGAGUGGAAAUGGUGAGCAAGAGAAGAAGAGGGGGAAUGGCACCGAAGUGCCUGCGGCAAAGAUGAAGGAGCCCAAAAGCAAGGCCCUGGUGGCUGAGCAAGAGGUUGAGGUUCAAAAACCCAGGACCACAGUGAAGACAGAGGAUCCAAUGGAGCCAGAUUCAGGGCCGAGUGGAACGCAGCCGGUGGAGAGUCCCGGGUCGGCAGUCAGCCGCCCGAUCUCAACGGUAUGUCAGGUUUCGCAGCCGCAGCAAGUGCUGAGACAGGUGAAACUUUUGCUGACCCCUGUGGGAAAAGAACCAAUAUCACCGAGCGCCUUAAGAAAGUUGCUACGGAGCCCGGAGCCUUGGUACCAGGCAGUGGUUAAGUUGACACACUCACCGCAAGUUUUGCCAGGUGAUGCUACUGAUUUGCAACUCUUUGCGGCUGCAUUGCUUCUUCUCAAGGGCCACAUGUCCAGCAACCUGGCGGAGGCCUCUGCACUGUCUGCCUGUGAGGGAGCUGAGGCGCUGAAGCUCGCGCGCAGUCCUGAAGGCCAUGCGAUGGCUUGGCAGGAGCUACUUGCAGUCCUACCAGAACUGAGCCAAGUAUCUCCAAAGGCUGACUUCGAGGCCUUGUGCAAGAUUUCCGCUGAACAGCUGCUACCACGCUCCCGAGCAGAUCCAGUACGGCGUUUGGGACAGGCCUUGGUUCAGAUAGCCAUGCCCAGUCGCGAUCCUCCGCAGGAACCUCCCAGUCCAAAGUCAGAGGACAUGUCGGUGAAGAACGACAGCAUUCCACUUGGGAACCGCGAUGAUGCGGGCAAGUUGCGUCGCUGGUCGGAGAAGUCAAGCGGCGCCUACCAGGUGCGCCCCAAGGUGUCAAUGGCCCGCUCCAAGGAGCAGAUCGACUUGUCCAAGAUGAUUCGAAAGGAUCCUGCCUGGAAAGUGGCGCAGAAGACCGAAGAGGACGCGUCGGAAUCGGAGAUUGCGGAUGUGGAGGAUCUUUGAGGGGGCCCAUGGAGGCUGGCGGGGGGGGGCGGUUUGCAUCAGGGUGCAUCAAAGUCAAGAAGGACACGGAAAAAAAACAAAAAAACAAAUAGUGUUGUUUUUUGUUUUGGUAGGCUUACUUUGAGGACAACACCCUUUUUUCCCUGUUGGUCGAGCCAGGUGACAGUUUGAAUACAAUUAUCCAGGUGCUCCAGACAACAGCUGAGAUGUGAAGACAAGGCACAGAGAUGCACAGGGUGCUCUAUGGGAUCAGUGUCCAAAAGGCUGAAGCCGACGCUUGGUCCAUUCUUACAGAAGGAACCCCGCAUUCUGCCCCCAAGGAUCCCAUAAGGCCAUAAGAAUGUCGCCCCAGUUAUUUAUUAAACUAAUAGCUUCUUGUUACUACUAGUAAGGCGCUUGUUACUAGAAGCGAUGCACUUGUUUCUAGUAGCUUCUUGUUACUACUAGUAAGGCACUUGUUACUAGAAGCGAUGCACUUGUUUCUAGUAGCUUUUUGUUUCUACAUAUAACGUCGCCCCAGCCAAAGAUAAGGAAAAAACAGAAGUCUUCAGAGACCGGUGGGUCUUCGGAGCCACCUUCACCUGCCGCUUGCCUCAAGGCCAAUGAAUUCGUUUGGGCGCUGGCUGAUCACUUACAAGAUUUGCGGGCAUUUCCUGUCAGAUCAGAUGAUGUGCAACAUCCCGAUGCUCAAAACUCUUUGAAAGUGGAAGCGAUCUGUGAGAAUUGACAUGAAAUCGAUUGGAAAUGAUUUGAAUAUUGGAUGUGUGCAAGUGUCAUACAGUAUAGUAUAUACAGUGUGUUGUUGAU